CCAAACCUUUGAACCAGUGAUUUUUACCACUUGAAGGUCCACAUCUUUGUGUUUUUCUGCGCACACACACCCCCACGGUGACAUCACAUCUGGCUGACACCUGUGUGACCCCCUCCCCACCUCCACCAGCCGCCCUGCACCGUGCACUGGACACCAUGGCACUGUCAUCACGCUUAAAGCUGUGGGAGCAGAAGAUAAAGGAGGAGAAAACAGCUGUGUCUCUGACCGACCCUCCACCUCCUCUGUCAGCUCUACCAGGUGGCUUCCUCAAACAGCUGGUCAGAGAUUCAGAGAAAGAGACUAAAUUAAAAGAGCCAGAGGUCAAAGAAGAUAAAACACCCAGUAAACUGAGCAACGAUCUCGUCCAGCAGUUCCUCAACCCGGACCAGACUCCUCCGAUUCUAGAGGCUGAAAUGUCACUCCGAGCCGAGCAACUAAUUAGCAACAAGCAACGCUGCAAUUCCGUCCUGUCCAACCGCAGUACUUCAUCCCAGAUGCAGAGCAUCAGUCCUGACUACAGUUACAAAGAGGAAAGCAAGCUGGUCGUAUCCCCAGAGCCUGUGAAGCAUCAGCAGGAUGUGAGGUCAGAGAUGGAGAAGAAGAGCAAAAAUACUCCGAGGGUUGAGCAAAAGGAAAAGAGGAUAGAGGAGAUGGUGCAGGCAGACAGGAAAGAGGAGGGAAGGCAGGAGGCGGAGGGGAGACAGGCAGAUCCCAGCGUAACAGAGCAUGAGAGGAGAGAGGUGAAGGACGUGUGGUAUGAAGCUGGAACUGUGUGGUAUGUGUACAAGGACGGAUUUACUCUUGCCACACAGCUGAAGCCAGAUGAGGGCACGCCUGAGCUCCCAGAAGGCCGAGUGAGGGUUCGCCUGCACACAGACGGCUCGCUGCAUGAUGUUUCAGAGUGCAGUAUUGAGAAGUGUAACCCGUCGGAGCUGGAUGUGUGCGAUGACUUGAGUGACCUUCAGAGUGUGAACGAAUGUGGAGUUCUGCACACGCUGACCAGCCGAGCUAAAGCCAGCAUGCCGCUAACACAUGCAGGACCCAACAUGGUCAACUUCUGGCCUCCAUUACAAGCCCACUGCAAGACCCCCAAAUCCCGUCGGGGAGAAGCGAUGUGGGACGCGCCUCCUGCUCUGGCUGCUUUGGUCAAACAGGUGUAUGUGUCUGUGGUCGGCACCAGGAGGGACCACAGUAUUUGUGCGCUGGGGCGCAGUGGGACGGGCAAAACCACGGCAUGCCAAGCUUUCACACUUGCACUCCUCAAGCAAGCUGGUACAGCAUCAGCGAACAUCAGUGUGGAACGAGUGCAGGCAGUGUUCACUGUUCUGAGGUCUUUUGGUUGCGUGAGCUCUCAGCACAGUGAUGCUUCGUCGAGGUUCGCCAUGGCGUUCUCUGUGGACUUUAACCACACGGGACAAGCUGCUGCUGGACACCUGCAGACGAUGAUGCUGGACAAAUGGAGAGUGUGUCAGAAAACCGAUGGAGAGAGCAACUUCCUAGUUUUCUCUCAGAUGCUGGCAGGACUUAGUAUGGAGAAGAGGACUGAACUCCAGCUGCACCAGCUCCCCGAGUCCAACUCUUUUGGUAUAGUUCCACCCACCAAGGUUGAGGAGAAGCAGCGUGCAUCUGUUGCUUUCUCCAAGCUGCUGACUGCCAUGGAAAUGCUGGGCUUCUCGGCUGGUGAGCAGAAGGCGAUCUGGCACGUUCUGGCUGGUAUUUACCAUUUGGGAGCUGCUGGGGCCUGUAAAGUUGGUAGGAGACAGUUUAUAAAUUUUGACAGCGCUCAGACAGCCAGCAGCGUUCUGGGUUGUGAGGGGGAGGAGCUAAACACUGCUGUCUUCAAACAUCACCUCCAGCAACUUCUGCAGAGAGCCACUGGAGGCAGCAUAGAGCGACCCCCUGCUGCUGACUCAGAGGACGGUCCGAGGCUGACAGCUGUUCAGUGUGUGGAAGGCAUGGCUGCAGGACUCUAUGAAGAAUUGUUCACUGUGAUCGUCUCCCUCAUCAACAGGGCUCUCAACUGUGAGCAGCUGCCAUUGGCCUCCGUGAUGGUGGUGGACACGCCUGGCCUGAGGAACCCCCGACACUGUGGAGAGGAGAGAGGUGCCAGCUGGUCUGAGCUCUGUCACAACUACCUGCAGGAGAGGCUGCUGGAGCACUACCACACACACACCUUCAGACACACACAGGACAGAUAUGCACAGGAGAGGAUCUCUGUGAAGUUUGAAUGUCCUGAGAGCAGCCCCGCUGAGGUGGUGUCUGCUAUCGACCAGGCUCCUCCACAGGUCCGGUCCAUAGAUGAGACCCCCAGAGGUCUGUUGUGGGUGUUGGAUGAGGAGAUGGGGACACCAGCAUCCAGUGAGAACAGUGUCCUGGAAAGAGUUUGCCAGUAUUACAGCAACACUGUGCGCCAGUGUGAACAGCCACUGCACUGUGAAGUUAACCACAUGUUGGGCUGUGAUCCAAUCCGGUACGACCUGACUGGAUGGUUUGGUCUGAUCCAGAACAACCCGUCUGCUCUCAGCGCCAUCUGUCUGCUGCAGAACUCCAGCAUAGGUGUGUUGAAGGCCUUGUUUACUCCCAAAAUCUCUCUGCCUCCUCUUUGCCAUGGCCUGGGGGGUUUGGAGGGUGGUAACCAACGUUCUCUGCAGAGGAACGGUACCAUCAGGAAAACCCUCAGUGGGGGAAUGGCAGCCAUACGCAGACACUCUCAGAGUAUCGCAGUAAAACUACAGGCAGACGCUCUAGUGAAUCUGAUCCGUCGAACCCGGCCAGUGUUUCUGCAGUGUGUGAGUGCUAAAGCUGACAGCGGGUCCUUUGACAUCCCAGCACUCAGAGUCCAGUUGCACUCCACACAGAUCUUGUCGGCCCUGCAGUUCUACCGUACAGGUUUUCCAGAUCACAUGACUCUCAGUGACUUCAGGUGUCAUUUCCAGACAUUGUCUCCUCCAGUCAUGAAACGCUAUGCUUCUGUAUUUGUCAGUCACGACGAGAGAAAGGCGGUGGAGGAGUUACUGGCUGAGUUGGACCUGAAUAAAAAGAGCAUUGUCAUGGGUGUCAGCAGGGUGUUUAUGAAAAGAGGAGUUUUACGUUACCUGGAACAGCAGAGGGACCAGAAGGUGACCGGCUGGUUGAUCCAACUGCAGGCAGCCUGCAAGGGACAUGUUGCCCGUCAGAAGUAUCGUAAAUUAAAGGUGCAGCAGUUGGCAGUGAGAUGUCUACAGAGGAACCUGCGAGUUCUGAGGGCUGUGGCAAAGUGGAGCUGGUGGAAACUUUUGUGCCGUGUGCGCCCUAUGCUCGACAUCAACAUAGAAAAUGAGAGACUCAGGGCCAAAGAGGAUGAGAUAUCGGCUGUGAGGCGGCGGCUGGAGAAAUCAGAGAAGGAGAGGAAAGAGCUGAGGCAGACUGCAGACAACCUGGAGACCAAGGUUACCGCUGUGACGUCUGAGCUGAGCGAUGAGCGUUUCCGUGGUGAUGCGGUGGGUCAGGCUCUGGAUGUGGAAAGGGCGGAGAGACUUCGGCUCAGCAGGGAGAACAAAGACCUGCAGGCUCGACUAGACCAGUGUAAAGUCACCAUGGAAACCCUGGAGAAGCAGCUGGAGGAGGAGAAACAGAAAACCCUGAUCAGUCAGAGUCAAAAAGGAACAGGUACAGAAAGUGAGCUGCUCAUACAGCUGGAGUGCUGCCAGACAGAAGUUGAGUUUGUCCGCCGAAGACUCAAGCAGACGGAGGAAAAGCUCGAGUUGGAGAGACAGACCCGAGAACAGCUUGACACCAAGGUGUCUACUUUACAAGCCCAGCUGGAGCAGUCUAGGAGGAGUGCAACAGAGCUGAAACGUCAUUGUCGUCGGGUGACCUCUGACCUUCAGGAUGCCCGAGUCCUCACUGACAGCCUACAGAGUCGAAUGCAUGAUGUUGACCGCAAACAGAGGAGAUUUGACAGUGAGUUGACCCAUGCCUUAGAGGAAGCAGACAAUGAAAGAGAGCUCAAGGACAAAGCCAUCCAGGAAUCCACGGCUCUGGGAGCGGAAAUAUUCUUCUUACGCCACAGUCUACAAGAGAGCCAGUCAGAGGUGGACCGUCUGCAGAAGCAGAAGGAGGAGUUGUGCGCUCAGAUCCGGGACCUCAGCCUGCCCGUUGAUCUUACCUCAGAUUCACUGCCAGACCUCAAAAAACAGCUUCGCCUCCUGGAGAGCCAAGCCAGCGAGCGAGCCGAGGAAAUCACCAAGCUGACUGCCAAGAUACAGCAGCAGCAACAGAUCCACAUGCGCUUUGAGGUGGAGAUGGAGAGGAUGAAGCAGAUCCAUCAGAAGGAGCUGGAGGAUAAAGACGAGGAGCUGGAGGAUGUACACAAGUCCUCUCAGAGGCGGUUAAGGCAGUUGGAGAUGCAGUUGGAGCAGGAGUAUGAGGAGAAACAAAUGGUGAUUCACGAGAAGCACGACUUGGAAGGACUCAUUGCGACUCUGUGUGACCAGGUGGGUCACAGAGACUUUGAUGUGGAGAAGAAGCUGAGGAGAGAUCUGAAGAGAACUCAUGCACUUCUAGCUGACGCUCAGCUCCUGCUUUGCACCAGAGACUCCUUCGGGGAGAACCAGCCCAACGGCAGCAAAGACCAGAUAGAGCGCCUCCACUGUCAGCUCGAGGAGAGUGAAGCUCGACGUAUUGAGGCUAAGAGCAUUCAGAACACUCUCUCCCAGGAGCUGGAGAAUGCACAGAUUGAGCUGGAACACAUCUGCAAGCAGAAGAGUGUGGUGGACGAACAGUUAGCGCUGCUCCAACAUGAGAAAGUGGACCUGGUGAAGAGGCUGGAGGAGGACCAGGAGGACCUCAAUGAACUCAUGAAAAAACAUAAGGCACUCAUUGCACAGUCUUCCAGUGACAUCACUCAGAUCAGGGAUCUACAGACCGAGCUGGAAGAGGUGAAGAAACAACGACAUGUUCUUCAGGAAGAGCUUCAGCAGUGUGUGUCCAGAGUGCAGUACCUAGAGUCAUCCACUGUGGGGCGCAGCAUUGUCAGUAAACAGGAGGCGCGUGUAUGUGACCUGGAAAAUAAGCUGGAGUUUCAGAGAGGGCAAGUCAAGAGGUUUGAGGUGCUGGUGCUGCGUCUGCGGGACAGCGUGGUCCGUCUGGGAGAAGAGUUGGAGCAGAGUGCCCAGGCUGAGGCCCGGGAGAGAGAGAAUGCCCGGUACUACCAGCAGCGCCUGCAGGACAUGAGGCUGGAGAUGGAAGAGCUCAAUCAGAGAGAGCAGGACAGCAGCCGCAGGCGCAUGGAGCUGGAAAUGCAGGUAGAAGAGCUCAGCGCUGUCAGACAGACGUUACAGGCCGAUCUGGAGACAUCAAUCCGCCGCAUCGUGGACCUGCAGGCCGCCCUGGAGGACGUGGAGUCCAGCGAUGAGAGCGAUAGUGAGAGCAUUCAAACAGCUGUGGAGUCCUUUACUCGAAAGAAAGACCUUGACUCAGUGUCUAGUGUUGGUUCCAUUGGAACUGAGGAUGUCGGAGAGGGAAUUCGCCAUUGGCUGGGGGUACCCAGAGGGGGCUCACGCGGUGGCUCUCCUUACGGCAGCAGCACUAUCAGUAGCCAAGGGGGGCGUCGGUCUGUCGCUGAAACUAUGAGUACUUACAGCUUCCGCUCAUGUGUAGAUCCUGAUAAUGAAGGCUCUGAAACUGGAGGGACUGGUACAAGAGGUGUUGGCCGUGCUUCCUCCUCCUUGGCACUGUCGGAGCUGCUUGAUGGACUCCGUAAACGUAGAGCUGGUGGUGACACAGGAGAAGAUGCUGGUAGUGCUGUUUCAUUGCCCAUCUAUCAAACAACUGGAGCCUCGACUCUCAGGCGAAGAGCUUCAGCACUUUCAGUUGGUCAAGAAGACCUCCAGGAGCCCAGGCCUGGGCCCAGCAUUCUCAAACCACCUUCCCCUCUUCUACCACGUGCUGCCAAUACACGCUUUGUUGGUGACCUCCAAACAUCCUCCACAGCUGGAGGCAAACCCUCUCGCUUCAGCUCAAGUGAGACCUUGUCUUCCCUUCCAUCACUGCCACGCCUGUCAUCCUUGGCAUCAUCCCAAAUUACUCGCCAUCACCCUUCUACCUUAUCCAUCCCAGAGGAGGACUCAGAGGAACCUCUGCGAUCUGUGACAACUCCCAUUCAGCGUUCCCCACAGGCACUAAGGCAGUGUAUUCUUGUCAAAGAAGAUAGAGGUGAAGGCUCUGUGGGUUUAGAACCCAUGGUUUUCCAAAACCGUCGAUUGACUGUGGAUAAUGGCCUUGAUGAUGCAGCCUCUGACAUUCUACCUGCCAUCAGAAGAGCUCAGUCCACUAGUAGCCUGGCCAGCUCUGCCAGAGGGGGCAGGAGGGCACUCAGCGUCCGCUUUGGAGAUUUGCCAACUUCAACCCGCAGUAGGAAAGGCUCUGAAACUGAGUCAUCUAGCUCUGGCGGAUCUGGAGGAAGUUCCCAGGGUGGAGGGACAAGACGCAAGUUUGAACGACCACAAGGAGAAAGACUUGAGGCGGAGGGGAGUGAGGGGGAGAACGUGGCAUCUGUCAUGAAGCGAUACCUCAAGAAGGAUACUGACUGAACCAAACAACAGCUUUAGCUUCAUUUUUGUGUUAGAGUCCACUGAAGACUCCGUGAUCAGCAGCCACCGCUGCCUGAAAAACACUGAUGUUUAUUUGAGUAAAGCCACUUUAUUCAUACUCCGAGUCCAACUGUAUUUUCACAUUUGUGUAUGAAUAAAGAAUUAAAUUAACUUUGCAUUGCAA